AUGGCCGCCCGUAUCCCUCAGAUGUACUCGACCCCACGCGCCCACCCCCAACAGGCUCCCCCGUACGCUCAGCAGGGGAACCCCUUCUCGUCGUCGACCGACAGCCUCGGUGGCCCCGUCCAGGCUCACGCAAACCACGACUCUGCCAACUUGUCCUCUAUCGGCGGUCUGUUGCUUUCUGGCUCGUCAUUCCAGGACGAGAAGGCUGCGGGCCGCGCGCGCACCGGAUCCUUCUCAGACCCUGAGCGUCAGCAACAGCACUACGUCGAGGUGAACCGCGCCGAACUGCAUGCGCGCGUAAAGUCCCUCGAGGCUGCGGUUGGCGAGCACGAGCACACCGACGACGAGUCGGACUAUGGCGGCGUGCCCCCCCACGCCGCCACUGCGCCGCUCACCCCGCGCAACAGGCAACAGCAGUUCCCCAACCCCCAGCAGUUCUCCAGCCCCCAGCAGUUCCCCAGCCCACACGCCCAGCAGUUCCCCAACCCCCAGCCUGUCCACCACCACGGACAUCUCCAGCAGCAGCAGCAGCAGCAGCAGCGUGCCGCGCCCGUCAUUGUCGACUUUCCCAACCCCAACAUGGGCAUGGGCGGACAGGGCGGCUUCCCCCCGACCCCCGAUACACCCAGCCGCCAGUCGCCUGGUCCGUUCGCCGGCAGGGGCCACGAGAACCGGCCCUCGAUCAAGAUCCAGCUGCCUGUCAUGUCCAACGCCGCGCCCGUGUCGCCCAUGCUCGCCGCGCCUCCGCGUGCGCACUUUGCCAUGGGCGCGUCGGACAUGACCCCGCCGUCGUCGCCGUCCGUCCGCGCGUUCGACGCCAUCAAGGAAAAGAAGGCCACGUUCCGCGAAGACGAUACCGAGGUGUUUUCGCCCUUUUCGCCUCACGCGCGCCAGGCUGGGCCUCGAGCCCCGCGCGGCAACCGCGUGUCCACUGUUGAUUUCUGGAAGCGCCUGUCGACCAUGAACAAGAUGGACAACCGCCAGGACUCGGACUUUAUCAAGAAGAAGAAGAGGAGUAUCUGGGUCAACCCGUACUUUGUCUUCCCCCUGAUCUUUACAUUGGUCGGCACGGCCGUCAUCAUUGUCGUCGUAGUGAUCAAGGUGCACAACACCACGUCGGCAGGUAACGCCGUCGAGUAG